AUGCUCUCCUCGCCGGCGCUCGCCGGCGCCCACUCCUUCGCGGCGUCCGUGUCCGGCAACCUCCUCAUCCCCUUGCCUUCCGUCCCCGCGCCUGCCCGUCGCGCGGCGCUGUCCGUCGUCGCCAAGGUCAAGGUGUCCACGCCCCAGGACGACCGCAUCGCCCGCCAUGUCCGCGUCCGCAAGAAGGUAAGUGGCACCACGGAGAGGCCAAGGUUGAGUGUUUUCCGCUCAAACAAGCAUUUGUAUGCUCAAGUCAUCGACGAUACAAAGCAAUGCACUCUGGCUUCAGCUUCAACCAUGCACAAAACUCUCUCCAAGGAAUUGGAAUACUCGGCUGGGCCAACGAUUGAAAUAGCACAAAAGAUUGGUGAAGUGAUUGCCAAGUCCUGCUUGGAGAAAGGGAUCACCAAAGUUGUCUUCGACCGAGGUGGUUUCCUCUACCAUGGCCGCAUAAAAGCUCUUGCUGAUUCUGCUAGAGAGCACGGGCUUGAAUUCUGA